GGCCGCCGUGGCCGCUCUCAGGUUCCUCUCUGACUAGAGUGAGCUAGAGUUCCUAGUCCUAGCUCCGGUGUAGGCGUACAACCUGGUGCAACCCAACCCUAACCUUCUCCUGAAUCACGAACACGGAAAAAAAACAAAAUGGUGAUCGCGGUAUGAUUUCUGUAGAUUCGGAGCGAGGACAUUUUUUUUUUAAGGUUAUCUCAAGCGCAACGCGCUGUCACGUACAUCAUUCUCAAUAGUGAGUUUAUACCUCCAAGUAUCGCACGAUGGGAGCUGCACGAAACUUAAUUUACGCUUGCUCCCUGAUUUUAACCUUUUACCUGUCGGCCGUUAUCUGCGAGAUCGAGCCUCAUUAUGAUGAGAAAAUUCAACUGUCGGCGACGUCGACGAAAUUGCCGGAAUCCGUGUCCGAAAAACCACAGGACAGGUUUGGCUUCGUACAUGCAUUCGUAGCAUCCCUAUCGGUUAUCGUGGUAUCGGAAUUGGGAGACAAAACGUUUUUCAUCGCCGCUAUUAUGGCGAUGAAGCAUCCGAGGUUGACUGUAUUCGUGGGCGCGAUAAGCGCUCUCGCACUGAUGACUAUUCUCUCAGUGGUAUUUGGAUAUGCAGCUACAAUAAUUCCUCGUGCGUAUACCUACUAUAUCUCUACAAUUCUCUUCGCUCUGUUUGGAUUAAAAAUGUUACGAGACGGAUAUUAUAUGUCGCCAACGGAAGCGCAAGAAGAAUUAGAGGAAGUUCAGUCUGAUCUAAGGAAAAGAGAAGAUGAGUAUGAAAAGGAGACGACGAGUACUUUAGUACAAGAUCCUGAGACUGGAGUAAUACGUAAAACCACUAAAAGUAGUGCACUCAUGCUGCUUUCAAGAAUACUCCUCCAAGCAUUCACCCUUACCUUUCUUGCGGAAUGGGGGGAUCGUUCUCAGUUAACAACCAUUAUCCUUGCGGCAAGAGAGGAUGUUUACGGUGUUGUAAUAGGUGGAAUAUUAGGUCAUUCGUUUUGUACAGGCUUGGCGGUUUUAGGAGGGCGUAUAAUAGCGCAAAAAAUAUCAGUGAGGACAGUGACCAUUAUUGGAGGUUUGGUAUUCCUAUUAUUUGCCAUAACAGCACUCUUCGUCAAUCCCGUGGAAGACAUCCCUUGAGGACAUCUCUUCUUUAACUUCCGAAAUUUCUAUCAGUAUUUAUACUGCUUCGUGAACACUAUGUAUCGUGUACGUUGUGAGAAUAUUGUACAAUUGUAUUCUACAGUUUCUACAAAAUCACGAAGUUAGCCAGGUGUCAGUUCCAGCCGACGAGAGAGAACUGUUUUCUUAAUAUAGAUUAGAUAUAAAUUAUACAGGGUGAUUCACAUAACGUGAGAAUUGUAAAUAAUUAAAAAAAAUAAGUUCUUUACGAAAAAUGUUUCAAAUUAAAGUUACGUGAUGUUGUGGGGGAAAAUAAGAUGACAUUUUAUUUUAUUAGAGAUAAUUUCAAGAUCAUACCAAGAUCCACUUUUCUUUUUUAAAUUUAUAGAUUUAAGACCACGAUUUGUAUAUAACAAAUUAAAUAGAAGAUAGGCCAAAAUGAUCAUAGCAAGAUUUUACUGUUGAAUUAAUAUUUCAUAUGUGAUUUUUACAUACAGCUUCCAAUUCAUUCGAACUAUGCGCCGUUACUUUCAGUUUCAAACACAGUUCUUGAAAAUGAACUAAAACAACUUUUUUUUUAAAGACAACAUUUUUUACAAAUUUUUAAAGCUGUGUUUACGUUUUCAAAACAUUGGUUUUUUAAAAUGAUUUUGACGAUUUCAUUACUUAUCUAUGAACCUCUCUAUUUUCGAGAUUGUUAACUAUAAGGAUCUUUAAAUAACUUUAAACAACUCUGAACACUUAAUAAAAUGUAUCGAAUAAGUUGUUUACAGCAGUUAACUUAAUAAAUAUAAUAAAUACAAUAAAUAAGUAAUCGAUAUAAAGCAUUUUAUCAUAAAGUAAAUUGAUUCAAGAGCCUUACUUGAUUGAAGAACCUAAUUGUUAAUAAAUACGAAAAUUGAAAGAUUCAUAAAUAAAUAACGACGUUGUCAAAAUCAACACAAAACUGUUUUUUACAAAGCCUUGAAAUGAUCUCUUGAAGUCAAACAUGCUACGCUAAUCUUACUUCCCCCGUAAAAUCACACAACUUUUAUUUGAAACGCUUUCUCGUAAAAGGCUUAUUUUUGUGAUUCUGACGUUAUCUUACGUCUUACAUUAAUCACUCUAUAUAUAGAAGUGCUUGAAAGAGUAUCAACGAGGAACAAAGUUUCUUUGCUAAGUUAAAUGAUAAUACAGAUUUUUAAAUUCAGUAUCUAAUUUUUUCUGUUAACGAUCAUAUAUAUAAAUGAUCGAGAUGCCGCAUACUUGUCGUAAAGUUCUCUUUAAGUUGGAAAAUUCAAUAUUUAAUUACAUUACUAUUUGUGCUAAUGACAUACUUCAUGAUCUUUGGAAAAUUAUUUUUUGCAUUAUAUAAUAGGAACGAAUCAUAAUGCGGCAUUUAUCUAAAACGUAGGAAUCCUCGUAAUGUGAACAUUUUGCCGAACUUGUGUACCUAACGUCUGUGCUUGUGUGCAGAUAUCAUUAUAGACUGUACUUCACAUAAAUAAGCUUAUCGCCUGUACCAUAUUUGUUGCCGUUUGUAAGAUACUAAAGAAAUGUAAUAUAUAAUAAUAGAAACAAAAUACUAACGUGAAGCCGCAUAGACGAGAUUUGAUGUAAUAAAGAAUGAGACAAAGGAGUGUUUGUUUAAAAAUGAACAUUCCUAAUAUAAUAAAAUUGUAAAUAAACUUCUUCCCUAUCACACCAUACCGAAUAUUAACACAGUAAAGAUCGUCCAGAAAACUAACUUAACAAUAAUGUAUUAUAAAAGAAAAUUUUGUUAUGUUGAAAUAUAUAAAAACUGUAACAUAGAUAUGUACAAAUACAGAAUUGUUAUGUAUAAAGAUCAUGUUAUACGAA